ACAGGUGCUCGUAGUGUUAACACCUGAUCAACAGAGCAGGAGACCGCUCCUCAGACGAAGAGCCAUCAUGUCGAUGGGCAUGGAGAUCGUGGGCAUCGCCCUUGGAGCCAUUGGGUUCAUCAUUGCCAUAGUGACGUGCGCCCUGCCGAUGUGGAAAGUGACAGCGUUCAUCGGAGCCAACAUCGUCACAGCUCAGACCACCUGGCAGGGUCUGUGGAUGAACUGUGUUGUUCAGAGCACCGGACAGAUGCAGUGCAAGAUCUAUGACUCGCUGCUGGCCUUACCUCAAGAGCUGCAGGCUUCCAGAGCCAUGACCAUCAUCUCCAUCAUACUCGGGGUGUUGGGGGUCAUGAUCUCUAUCGUCGGUGCAAAGUGCACUAACUGCAUCGAAGACGAGGCGUCCAAGGCCAAAGUGAUGAUCAUCUCUGGAAUCUUCUUCCUCCUCGCCGGCCUUCUGGUCCUCAUUCCUGUCUCCUGGACAGCCAGUGUCAUCGUCAGGGAUUUCUACAACCCCCUGCUGAUCAGCUCACAGAAGAGGGAAAUGGGGGCAUCUCUCUACAUCGGCUGGGGCGCCGCCGCCUUGCUCCUGAUUGGCGGAGCCAUGCUGUGCACAAGCUGCCCGCCAAAAGAGAAGAAGUACAAGCCACCCCGGAUGGCGUACACUGCCCCACGCAGCACCAGUGCAGGUGGAGGGUACGACAGGAAAGACUAUGUUUGAACUGCUCAGAAAUGUUUCACAGAUUGAUUUCAAAAGUAGAAAAAAAUGUUUGUUGCACAUGAGUGUUUUUUGUUUGCUGGUCUGGGACCACAGGGUGAAUCCCACAGAAAGACUCCGACAUGAAGAUGUAUGUUCACAUAUUGAUCGUUCUGCUUUGCUUUGGCUGACAUGUACUAGUUUAAAGGUGUAUCGUGCUUGAGAUGCUCUAAUGUUGAGCGUGCGGACACGAGAGCCUGGUUUCCUAUUUACUUUAUUCUUUUAAAAUGUGUUGCUCUUUGCCAAUGUAAUAUUUAUACUAGACCUUCUGUGUCAUUAUGUGAAUUUGAAAAAUACCUGCGUGUGUGGCUCGAUCGUUGGCCAGCUGGUGUCAUGUUUCACUGAAACUUCCAGUUUAAAUGCUGUGUGACAAUGAUGAGACAGCUCGUGUGUGUGUGUGUGUGUGUGUUUUGCAUGUAAUAUUUGCUUAGGAGAGUUUCUGCCGAGACUGAAACUGAAGAUGGGUUCAUGUUUUAGCCCAAGGUAACAACUUAAUCCUCUUCCACACAAAGUGUUUCAGGUGGCAGACAGCAGUCUUUUGACUUCAUAUGAUUUUUUGUGUGAGAGUGUGUAUUUUUCAUUUCUGUGACAAAAUGUAUUUCAAAUGUAUUUUAUCAUCAUAUUAAUCUAGUGAGUGUGUUUCAAAUGUGUUUUUCAUCCAUGUGUCUUAAUUCCAAACUUUUAUAGCUUUUUAUAAUAUUUUAGAUUAUAGGCAAUGGCCUGUACAGCCCUCUGUAUCUAAAACAAAGACAAAGGAUGUCUGUGUGUGUGUCUGUGUGUGUGUGUGUGUGUGUGUGUGAGAGAGAGAGAGAGAGACCCUGAGGGAACAUGACCGCAGCUGUUGAGCUGUUGGAGGAUGUGUUUCCAGAUCAGCAGGAUGUGUUUUGUGUGCCUUAACCUCCUCAAACACUGAUCCAUGAUUGUGAUUAAUUGUUUAUAGAUGUGUUUGAAUUCCAAAAUAAAUGUUGUCUUGAGACA